AAUGUUUGCUCCGUUCCGCCUUGCAUAGUUUCAUGUUGAUGCUGCCACUUCUCUCUCCGAAGAGUGACGAUCAGUGCAGCCAUGCCUGUCUGUACUCUGUACUACUCUGCUUUGCUAAGCAUUUGGUAUGUGAGGUGCUGGUUCUUGAGUACAGACUUUGUUCAUUGACAAAUAUAUUACGCUCAAAUUACUGAAUGUUACUUGUACUGUUCGGCAUGUCUCUGCGCCCACAUGGACUUUGUCACGAUCGAAGCAUUGACCCUGCAACUCCGCAAUCUAAUAACUAAUCAGCAAGCUUCACUUUAAGUGCACUUUCCGUAAAAAAAAAAAGAGAAGAAGAGAGAGAGAGAGAGAGAGAGAGAGAGAGAGAGAGAGAGAGAGAGAACUUACACCCAUUCCCGCCUAGUAGCCAGCAACGAACGUUCCUAGCAGUAGGCAGUGAUGGAUGCAAAGAAGCUUGGAUCCCAUUCCCGCCCGUCGUUGUGUCAUGGCACGGUAGCGCGGCGGCUGCCGAGCAAAAUCAAACCAGGACACUCCUCGGAGGUUCGGUGGACGGCGGUGGUGAUCGCGGUGGGCGUGAUGGCCGCGCUGCUCCUGACAGUCCUCUUCGGCGUCCGGUGGACGCCCUCCAGCGACGCCGGCACCUGGGUCUCGGCCAGUGUCCGCGCCGUCCUGAACGCCGGAUCCCAGCAAGGUGCCGGUCCGUUGGCGACGGUGCCGGACCCCCGCGACCGGCUCCUGGGCGGCCUCCUCUCGCCGGACUUCGACGACAGCUCCUGCCUCAGCCGCUACCGCGUUGCGCUCUACCGCCGGACGUCGUUGCACGCCCUCUCGCCCCACCUCGUCUCCGCCCUCCGCCGCUACGAGUCCCUCCACCGCCUCUGCGCCCCCGGCGCCCCUGCCUACGCACGCGCCGUCGAACGCCUGCGCGCGCCGCCCAACGCCUCAGCUCCCUCCUCCGGGUGCAGCUACGUCGUGUGGACCCCGACCGCGGGCCUCGGCAACCGCAUUCUCUCCAUCACCUCCGCCUUCCUGUACGCUCUCCUCACCGACCGCGUGCUCCUCCUCCACAGCAGCGGCGACGACCUCGACGACCUCUUCUGCGAGCCGUUCCCCGGCUCCACGUGGAUCCUGCCGCAGAAGGACUUCGCCAUCCGUGAGCGAUUCACCAUCGACACCCGCGAGAGCCUCGGUAACACGCUGAGCCGUGGCGAGGCGCCCGGCGGGGCGCCGUGGCUGUACGUGCACCUGCUGCACAACUACAAGGCCCACGACCGGCUCUUCUUCUGCGACGACGUGCAGAGCGAGCUGCCGCGCGUGCCCUGGCUCGUGUUCCAGGCGGACAACUACUUCGCGCCGGGCCUGUUCCUUAUCCGGCGGCACGAGCGGGAGCUCGCGCGCAUGUUCCCGCGCCGCGACGCCGUGUUCCACCACCUCGGCCGUUACCUGUUCCACCCGAGCAACACGGUCUGGGGCAUGGUGACGCGGUACCACGACUCCUACUUCGCCAAGGCGGACGAGCGCGUGGGCAUCCAGGUGCGCAAGUUCAAGUGGGCGCCCAUCUCCACCGACGAGCUCUACGGCCAGAUCCUCUCGUGCGCGCACCGCGAGAACAUCCUGCCCGGCGUCGGCGUGCGCGCUGCCAACGCCACCACUGGGGGCUCAGACGGCCAGCCGGAGAAACGCAAGGCGGUUGUCUUCGUGUCCCUGUACAGCGAGUACUCCGAGAAGCUCAGGGACCUGUACCACGAGCACGGUGCGGCGGGAGGGGAGGCGGUGAGCGUGUUCCAGCCGACGCACCUGGGCGCGCAACACUUCGGUGACCGGCAGCAGAACCAGAAGGCGCUCGCGGAGAUGGUGCUGCUCAGCUUCUCGGACGUGGCGGUCACCACCGCCGUCUCGACGUUCGGGUACGUCGGCCAGGGGCUGGCUGGGCUGAGGCCGUGGGUGCUCAUGCGCCCUGCCCACGGGAAGGCGCCCGACACGCCGUGCCGGCUGGCCCCCACCAUCGAGCCGUGCUUCCACGCGCCGCCGAACUAUGACUGCCGGGCGAAGGCCAAAUCUGACACCGGCAGAAUGGUCCGCCACAUCCGGCACUGCGAGGACUUCCCGCAGGGUGUCCAGUUGGUGGAGUGAGUGAGAGCUCCUGACAUACUGUUAUGGCGUUCCAUACAUGACACCAUACCUUCAUGUGUUUUCCCAUUAUACUGUGAUUAAAGGUGAUGAAUAAACACAUAUGAUAGAA